AUGAGCGGUUCCUCGGGCACCCCGUACCUGGGCAGCAAGAUCAGCCUCAUCUCCAAGGCGCAGAUCCGUUACGAGGGCAUCCUCUACACCAUCGACACCGACAACUCCACCGUGGCGCUCGCCAAAGUGAGGUCCUUUGGUACUGAAGACCGUCCCACAGAUAGGCCUGCCCCUCCCAGGGAGGAAAUUUAUGAGUACAUCAUUUUCCGGGGAAGCGAUAUCAAAGACAUCACAGUGUGUGAACCUCCAAAAGCUCAGCACUCUCUCCCUCAGGACCCUGCCAUCGUCCAAUCUUCCCUGGGCACGGGCUCCUCUUUCCAGCCGCACGUGCCUUACAGCCCCUUCAGAGGGAUGCCGCCCUACAGCCAGCUGGCCGCCAGCUCCCUGCUCAGUCAGCAGUACGCAGCUUCCUUGGGUCUAGGAGCUGGUUUUCCAUCCAUCCCAGUUGGCAAGAGCCCCAUGGUGGAGCAGGCUGUCCAGACUGGUUCUCUUGAUAACCUGAACGCCAAAAAGCUGUUACCUGGUGGCAAGGGCACUGUGGGGGUGCAGCUCAACGGGCGCCCAGCCCCGCCAAGCGGCAAGAGUGCCAGCGAUGUAGUUCAGCCAGCCGCUGUGCAAACGCCAGGGCAGGUGAACGACGAGAACAGGAGGCCCCAGAGGAGGAGAUCAGGGAACAGAAGAACAAGGAAUCGCUCUAGAGGGCAGAGCCGCCCAACCAACGUCAAGGAGAACACAAUCAAGUUUGAGGGGGACUUUGACUUUGAGAGUGCAAACGCCCAGUUCAACCGCGAGGAGCUAGACAAGGAGUUCAAGAAGAAACUGAACUUCAAAGAUGACAAAGCUGAGAAGGGGGAAGAGAAGGACCCGGCAGUGGUGACCCAGAGUGACGAGGCGCCUGCUGAGGAGGACCACCUGGGGCCCAACUGCUACUAUGACAAGUCCAAAUCCUUCUUUGACAACAUUUCCUCUGAACUCAAGACCAGUUCCAGGCGGACCACGUGGGCUGAGGAGAGGAAGCUCAACACUGAGACCUUCGGGGUGUCGGGAAGGUUUCUUCGUGGCCGUGGAUUCCGGGGUGGACUGCGAGGGGGCAGAGGCAGCGGCACCACCCGGCGCAACCCGACUUCCCACAGAGCUGGGACUGGCAGGGUGUGA